AUGGUGAAGUUUCACUCGUUUGAUGAUCUGGUUGGUUUUAUCGUCGUUCAGUUUAACCUGGUUUAUUUCAAGCUAAAUUAUGAUGUUGGAGCAGUUGAUUUUUUGACAAAUAGUCCAAUACAUGAUAACUUUCUGUUGUCAAAACUAUGGAAUUUUGUCACCGAACUUGUCGCCCAAUGUGCCCAAGUCUUGAAGACUAGGAUUUCAAUGCCCAAAGGGCCCGAUUCUUUAACAAAUGCUAAAUAUUUCUCCCUCUUAUUCAUAACUGUCAAAGUCCGAAAAAUGUGGGAUAACUUGAUUCUGAUGCAAGGUCAAAGGAGGACCGUUGGAUCGUUCCCAACAAUUAUUAGUAUGAUGCAAGGGCCCAGCUCUAGUGGCACUGAUACGAAUCAUCAAUCUCCCUUGAAUUAUGUGCAAAAUGAAGUAGAUUUGCGAUUUUCAGAUUAUAGGGGGUCUUUUGGUGAGGCUGCAUGUUUACGUGGCACUGGUCAUGAUGUUCAAAGCUUCCGUGGUUGGAAUUCUGGGGAAUCUAGUUCUGGACUGAAUCUGAUCAACCAAGGCAAUGGGGAAGAUGUAAAUUCAGAACAUGGUUUGUCUUCUUCAUAUAAUGCUACUACUGAAGAUGGUCGCAUGUAUGAGGAAAGACAAUUUGAACCAAAUGGAGUAAUUUUUCCUGUUAACUCAAAUAAUAAUCUACAUGGCAAUCAAUCUAGAGUUUACCCUUCCUUUUUGCAAGGUUCUAGUUCUAAUCACAUUACCCAAAAUAUUAGUCUAGAUAUGGGAUGUGUUGCUAACGCUACUAAUCAUGGGAAGGGCAAAGAAGCUAGUAGUAGUGUUGAUGACAACAAUACUAGUGGAGUAGAUAAAGAAAAGACAUUGCUUGGUAGUGCUUCAUGUCAUGACACAGGAGCUUCAUCUGAAACAUCUGGAUACAUGGCUUGGGGUGAUAGUGGUAGAUCAAGCUCUUUUGUUAAUUGGGGUCCUUCCUGCAAGAGAAAGGCUCAUGAAGGUAGUUCUGGAAAACUGUGCUCAGGAGGAAGCUCAAGCACUCUUGUACAAUCCAAAAAUGGUUAUUGGUCUACUACUGAUCCUAUUGAUCCUAAUGCUUCAAGCAGCUUGAGUGAUAUUACACCUUUGGAGGAUAUUCCUGUUCCAAGUCCUUCAUUAUUGCAGAAUGUAAGAAAUGAAGUGACACAAAAAGCUUCCAAUGCAUUUCCUUUGAUAAGUAUUGCAGAAAAUGUGCAAAGGCCUGUAAGAAACUUCCAUAGAAGAAUGAGCCAACUACAGGAUCAGGAAUCUGUACCUCUCAAUUUACCAUCUAUAGGGAGUUUUAGGCAUCAUAGUCGUUCUUCUCUGAAUGAAAUACCUGGCUCUCACUCACUUAAUGAUUCAUUGGAAUUGAGGUUAACAGCUGGAGUAACAAGUCCUAAUUCUGGUACUUCUUUAAACCAAUCACCAGCCCAGCGUAUCCUUUCUUUUCCUUGGACCACAACUGCCAAUCCUAGAGGGGCCAGAUCUUCUUCUUCUUAUAUCUCUGGAGAAAGAGUUCUUCGAGAAGAUGUUAAUUUGAGAAUGUUUCCCAGCGGUAGUACUGAGCACCCCAUGAAUGUUCCUGCAUCUUCAGAAUAUGAACCUACAGGUCGCCAUACACCAUCUGCUAAUGUUAACUAUUCUGGAGGUGUACCUCCUCCAUCCUGGAUUGGAUCUAGUUCAAAUGUUCACUCUUCACCUAACUCUGGCUUGAAUUUUAAUCGUGAAGUCCCAGCUGAAAUGAUGCAGAGUGUGUCAGAUUUCAAUCCUUGGUCCUUUUUUGCAUCAAUUAGCUCUGCAUCUAGUGUUCCUAAUGGCCAUUCUAUCCCAUCUUCUUCUGGUCCUCCCUCAUAUACCCAGGGUUCUAGCAACAACCAAUCCUAUCUAAGAACAACAUUGUUAAUGGAAAGGGCUGGUGAUGUUCCCUUAAGACCCCUUUCACUGCAAGCAUUAACCUUUGACAAUGAGGGGAGACGACGACUACUAUCGGAGAUUCGCCAGGUCUUGAUGGCAAUUCGGAGGGGUGAGAACUUACGUCCCGAGGACUAUAUGUUAUUGGACCCUUUCCUAUAUCAUGGCCUGGCUGAAAUAUAUGACAGACAUAGAGAAAUGCGCCUUGAUGUUGAUAACAUGUCUUAUGAGGAAUUGUUGGCAUUGGAGGAGCGUAUAGGAGAUGUUAGCACUGGAUUGAGUGAGGAUGUCAUUGAUAAGUUGAUGAAACAACGACUUUGCAUGGCAAUCAAGACAGAGUCUUCUACCCUUUUGGAACCUUGUUGUAUUUGUCAGGAGGGAUUUGGUUAUGGAGAGAUUGUUGGAUCACUGGAUUGUGGGCAUGAGUUUCACAGUGCCUGCAUCAGGCAAUGGCUAAUGCAGAAGAAUAUGUGCCCCAUUUGCAAAACAACAGCCUUAGCUACAUGA